AUGGGUCACGACGCCGACGCCGGACGCGACCGCCUGAGCAACCUCGGCGACGGCGUGAUCGGCCACAUCCUCGUCCACACCGUCUCCCUGGAGCAGCCGGAACGGCCCUACUUCAUCUACGACAGCGACAGCCUGUACGACAACGGCGUGGCGCGGCGCCUCAUCGCUGCCGUCAAUGCCGCCCUCUUUUCGCGCGACCGGCGCCCGUACCCUGCCGCCGCCGCAGUGCCCCUGCGCGCGCUCCGCGUGUCCCUGGAAGGGUACGACCCCGGCGACAAGUCCACGGUGGACCUGUGCCUCUCCUACGCCCUCAGGCAUGCCGCCCCCGAGUUCGACCUCGACCUGCGCUUCGGCCGCGACUCCGCCUGCGGUCGCUACGACCGCUUGGACGCCGCCGAUGCCGAUGCCGAUGUCGCCGCCGAUAGCCCAGUCGAGUUUCGAGCCGUCGCUGUGAAUCCGCCGAGGAAGUCUCCCGAGUCCGACGACUAUUCCCACGGGGUGAGCGCCGAAGACGAAGACGAAGACGAAGACGAUGUCUCGUCCAGCGACGACGAUGACGAGAGGGUUGCUCGACCGUGGAAUCGGCCGUCCCUGGAGUACACCGUACUGAGUGGGCUCUUCUCCUGUGCCACGCUGCGAUUCCUCCGCCUCGGCUACUGCAGGCUCUCCCCGCCGGUGACCAUCAGCCUGCCGUCGCUCGAGGCGCUCCAUCUCACCCACGUCCCCGACGAGGAGGAGCACGUGCAGAGGCUCAUCUCCGCCUGCCCGCGGCUUGCGGACCUGACGCUCGAGGCCUGCGGCAUGGUGACUGCGCUCUCCCUCCUGGACAACGCGCGACUCCGCAGGCUGGCCCUCCGGUGCUGCCACAAGCUGGCCAGGCUCGCCGUCGACGCGCCAGAGCUCCACUCCUUGGAGUACCGCGGCACUAUCCCCGAUGACUCAUUCCUCACCGUGCGUGGCGGCGGCGGCGGCUUCCCGGCCGUCACGUCGUGCAAGAUCGACAUCCUCGAGGUCGAGGAGGCCACGUCGGAGGAGGAGCUCGUCAAUCUUGGCUCGUUCCUGCAACAGCUGGCAUCGACCACGAAGCACCUCCACCUAUGCUCCGCUCGCAUGGCGCCUCGCGCCGACGACCACUUCGCCGACGGUGGGCACAGCAAGGAGGAGCUCCUCAACGCGCACCAUCUCCACUACUCCCGGUACGACACCCUCGACUACGCGCCGGCGGUGGUCCCGCCGUGCCUCGGUAGCCGGUUGAGGAAGAUCGAGUUGCUGCAGUACCAGGGCGGCAGAGCGCAGAGGACGCUGGCCAGGUUCCUGCUCCUCAACGCGCCGGUUCUUGAGCAGCUCUACUGUGGACUCGCGGAGGGGCCGGAGUGGGUUCAGAGGGAAUUGACGCUCGAGAUGCAAUGCUGGGUGGUGAAUGAGACAGCAAGCACGGAGUUCCAUUGA